UUGGUAUCGUCCGCCCACACCGGAAGUAGAAUCAAAACAUUAAGAGGUUGCACAGGGUUAUUAUUAUAUGUUUAUGGCAAAAACGCAGUGGACAGUUGAUGGGAAUCAUCAGGAAUUUGUCCACUAAUUUGACAGUAAUUCGUCAAAGUUUAUUAAGAAACCACCAAAAAGUAAACAAUCAUGUCCAGAAAAGUUCAUGCCAGCAGGACUGAAGGAGUUGAUAAAAAUGUUUGGGUUGAAUUCACCCAGCUUGCUGCAGACUAUAAAGCUGUGAACCUCGGUCAGGGGUUCCCAGACUUUUCUCCACCCGAGUUCAUCCGAGAGGCUUUCUGUGAUGCUGUGAAAGGAGGACCUGCCAUGCACCAGUACACGCGGGCUUUUGGACACCCUCCUCUUGUAAAAAUCCUGGCCAAAUUUUUCAGCAGGAUCGUAGGACAUGAGAUCGAUCCUCUGGAGGACAUUUUGGUGACCGUCGGAGCGUAUCAGGCGCUUUUCUCUGCUUUUCAGGCUCUGAUUGAUGAGGACGACGAGGUCAUAAUCGUUGAACCGUUCUUCGACUGCUACCAGCCGAUGGUGGUGAUGGCUGGAGGGAAACCUGUGUACAUACCUCUGAGACCUAGAGAGGGCAGUGCCGUCCUGUCGAGUGGAGACUGGGUUCUGUCUGCCGAGGAGCUGGCCAGUAAGGUCACUCCACGAACGAAAGCCAUCGUCAUCAACACUCCAAACAAUCCUUUAGGAAAAAUUUACAAGCUUGAGGAACUUCAGAUGAUCGCAGAUCUUUGCAUCAAACACGACCUGCUGUGUUUCAGUGACGAAGUGUACGAGUGGCUCACAUAUGAUGGUGCUAAGCAUGUAAAAAUAGCCAGCCUUCCUGGCAUGAGGGAGCGAACCAUCACCAUCGGGAGUGCUGGAAAGAGCUUCAGCGCCACUGGCUGGAAGGUCGGCUGGGCCAUUGGCUCAAGAGAUGUCAUCAAACACUUAAAAAUUAUUCACCAAAACUCUAUUUAUCACAGUGCAACAGCGGCUCAGGAAGCUGUGGCUCGCGGGUUUGAGAGAGAGUAUGAGGUGUUCGGUACUCCAGAGAGCUACUUCCAGCAGCUGCCUGCCAUGCUGCACAGCAAGAGACAGAAGCUGGCCACAUGUCUGCAGAGCGCCGGUCUGAACCCCAUCAUGCCAGAGGGAGGAUAUUUCAUGAUUGCAGAUAUUUCUUCUAUCGAAGUGGAUCUGAAUGAUGAAAGUAACAAGGAUGAACCACGUGACUUUAGAUUUGUCAAAUGGUUAAUUAAAGAGAAGGGCCUGGCGACCAUCCCCGUCUCUGCUUUUUACAGUUCGGAGCAUGGGAAGGAAUUUGACAAAUACAUUCGUUUUUGUUUUGUAAAGGAGGACUCUACACUGAAAGCAGCAGAGGAUAUCUUGAAGAAGUGGAGUCAAAAAGAGUAAAAUUACCCGUCCAGCCUUCUGUCACCUGCCCUUUUCAAGUGGCGUGAUCAGGUGUCUCAGGAAAUCAUCAUUUUGUUUCCACUCUGUCCCAACAAAACCAUACAAACUUCCAUCCACUUACUUUAGGAUCUAUAAAAGCCAUAUGUACAUCAUAGACGUUCAGUCUUGUUUAAAAGUUCAACAUAUUACCUGCUAUAGAAAAAAACUCUUAAUAAAGCUUUUAAAAUGA